AUGCCCCUAGCUCCAGUAGUUCCGAAGACCCCAGGGCAGCCAUAUGCCUUUGAGCGGCCUGAGUGCUUGGGUUGGUACCUGAUACCGUUAUUCAAGCUCUACAUCUCAUACGCGCCAGACUCCUUUCCCUGUGGCUGGCUGGAGAAAACAGAGGACAUCAAGGUGAAAUGUAUAGACAGCACAGGCAACAAGGUAGACUUUCCGACUCCUCCAGAGCUUUUAAAGGCCAUCAGGAAGUGUGAGAGGAUCAACCAUCCUGAAAAGGGACUCUUCUCCGGUUUACCCAGCAACUGGGGCUUUUCUGGAUUUAUGCAGACGGGAGCCUAUCAAGUUCUUGAUGAGUAUCCAUUCAUCGAACAUGGGGAGUAA